AUGUCACGCAUGAAUAAGGGGGGCCAAAGUACCAAUAUUCAAAUAGCUUACCGCAAAUGGGACUUUUACGAACUUCCUACGUUGCGUGAGACUUCAGCCGAUAUUUGGACUUUAAGAACUAGCAACAGUUUGGAGCGACCCCGCUUUCUUAUGAUCGGUUUCCAAAAAAACGAAAAUUGUGAUAAGAAAGAAAAAGACGCCACAGAAUUUACUACGGCUGAUGUGAGCGACAUUCGCUUCGAAUUCCUCGGUAUAUCCAUAUGA